CUUUUUCGAAACAACUUCACAUCGACUUCUUCCCCUCAUUCACAUCGACAACUGAACGGCACUAACGACUUGAUAUCCUACAUCUUGUUACACACAACUGGGCAUCGAGUUACGCAAACCGUAUAUACCUACAUACAGCUUCCACUUCAACCACUUCUCCAACACUGCGUCCAGCGACUCAAUCCUCAAUCCUGAACCUCACUCAAACAAGCCUCAUCAAUAACACCUCAACCUCACCCCAUCCAUCCAUCCAUCCAUCCGCCCGCCGCAGCUCUCCCCUUUACCACUGACCAACCCACCCACUAAAAUGACCCAACCACCUGUCGACAACACCACCACCACCAACGAAAAUGACAUCUUCACCGACGACGUAGAAGCCGAAGCAGCCGCCAUGGCCUUAGCAAUGGGUUUCUCCUCCUUCGGGCACCAACCUCCCGCCGCCGACUACUCCGAAGAAGACGACGACAACAGCACUUCUUCUGCGCAACGCCCCUCCAAGAAACGGCGCUACAACUCCCGCAUCGACGACGCCUACGUCGGCCCCACACCACAGGGCACAGGGGCGAAUGACGUGCCUGUUCAACGACAGAGGGUGUUUGAUAAUGCGCCGAGGGAUGAGGAUAAGAACGAGAUUAACCUCGACGAUGACGACGAUGAUGAUGCUGAAGCUGCUGCUGCUACUGCUGCUGCUGAUAAAACAUCAACGACGACGACCAACGUCCAGGUUGGUUUGUCGCUACCGCCUAAACCGCAAGUCCAAGUUCAGGUAUCAAAUCAGCAACAUAAUCAAAGAGGCAAUCAUGGUGUGCACGGCGGACGAGGAGGCGGUAGAGGCGGUAGAGGCGGCAGGGGUGGUCACGGUGGAGGAGGAGGAGGUGGAGGAGGAGGAGGAACACAUGGUCGUGACCCGACGAAACCUUGGUACGCGGAUUACUACGACCCUUCGAGCAACGAGAACCCGUGGGAGCGAUUGGAGCAGCAGCGCGGGAUGGAAACCGUGGGGAAGUGGUUGCCUAGUCGCUCUGGAGGUGGAGGUGGUGGUGGUGGUGGGCGAGGUGGGUUUGGGGGUUCUGGUUCUGGUCCUGGUUCCGGGCAGCAGGAGAGUCAUUCGGCUGUGCAAGCGGUGUAGGAGGUGCAGGGCGUGGCUUAGAUGAAGGCCAUUCCUCACUUCGUUGAUGCAAGUGGUUAGGAUGAUGAUGAUUGCGAAGAUGGUGGUGAUGGCGGUGGCGGUGACAACAAGAGAGGCAUAUCGGUCAGUAUGGACGUCUGCAGGGGCAGAGGCUGGAGGUCAAACUUGACGCCGCAAGUUGACGGGCGAUGUGUGGCUUCGCUGCUGCUCGUGCUGCUGCUCGUGCUGCUGCUGCUGCUGCUGCUACUACUGUCGGUAAUGCUGGUUGCUAUGGAAGCAAUCGAUGGUUUGAUACCCUAGUUCUUUAUUCAACAAGUCAUGUUCUUAUGUUCCCUCAUCCGCAUCGGGCUUUCUCUUUUCAACACUUUCUUCCCAUGGGCAGUCUCUACUUUUUUUGGGGUCCAGUCCUUGCGGGAUGUAUGAUGGAUGUCAUCGAGGUCAUGGAUGACCCAUAGAUGGCGGAUGGUAUGUAUAUGUUCAUGUAUCAGUGUUGAGCCAAGCGGUUACCCUUUCACUCACUUACGUAAGGGUAUGUGCUGGCCACAUCACAUGAGACUACCUCUAUUCAUCCAUGGGUUUUCCUUCACCAAGGUCAUGUCUACUUCUUCUUACCUUGCGUUCCCCAAUCC